GGUUUCUGUGGGCUUGCCCAGUAGUUGCAGCUGCUGAAGAUUUCACAUAACAGCACUGCAACCUACAGUAACACAGAUCCAGUAGCAGAUUACAGAUAGAGUCUCUGCACUCAGGAGCUCCCACACAGAGUUAUCAGCCUCCAGGCUCCUGUUCCUAGGUGAUAUGUUCAUUCUAUGGGGUCACACUGAGCAGAAUAAGGUUUUGUUUAGAAUAGAGGAAGAUGGAUCAUAAAAAAGUAAUAUGAUAUAAAUGUACAAUCACUAUAUAGGAAGAGGGGAUAAACCAGUGAGUGUACAAUAGUGGAUAAGGACAGUGACAGUCUGAUUGUAGCUAUAUAGUUUUCCUCUGGUUUCUGGAUUUAAUUAUAAGACAUGCGAAACAAUAGCUCUGGGAACCGUGGAAAAAAAGACCAUGGAAAAGUCAAGUAGCGAGGAUUCUUCCAUUCACCGGAGUCCAUCUGUGGACAGCAGAGACUCUACAAAACCAUCUACCUCAGGCAGGGAGUUUGGGAGAGGGUUUACUGCUGGAGCGUUUUAUGGAAAUGCUGGAUCUCGUACUCAGAGCCAAGCUGGUGUAAAAGGGGACAAAUACACUGCACCCAAAGGAGGCAAAUACGUGGUCUUUUACCUGGAUCUGUCCUUUGUUUUCCUUCUAGAAUUUAAGAAGUGCAAUAUGGCAAGAGGCUGUCUUUGUUGUUUGAAAUACAUGAUGUUCCUGUUUAACUUGAUAUUUUGGUUAUGUGGCUGUGGAUUAUUAGGAGUUGGAAUAUGGCUGUCUGUUUCACAAGGAAAUUUUGCUACAUUUUCCCCUAGUUUCCCAUCAUUGUCAGCUGCAAAUCUAGUCAUUGCCAUUGGGACAAUUGUCAUGGUGACUGGAUUCCUUGGCUGUUUAGGUGCUAUCAAGGAAAACAAGUGCCUCCUUUUAAGUUUUUUCAUCAUCCUUUUGAUCAUCCUUUUAGCAGAACUGAUACUACUUAUUUUAUUCUUUGUUUAUAUGGACAAGGUCAAUGAGAAUGCAAAGCAGGAUCUGAAAGAAGGUUUAUUGCUUUACAAUACAGAAAAUAAUGUUGGUCUGAAGAAUGCGUGGAACAUUAUUCAAGCAGAAAUGCACUGCUGUGGGGUUACAGAUUACACUGAUUGGUAUCCAGUGUUAGGAGAAAACUCUGUUCCAGAUCGAUGCUGUAUGGAGAAUUCCCAAGACUGUGGUCAUAAUUCAACCAGUUUAGUGUGGAAAACAGGUUGUUACGAGAAGGUGAAAAUGUGGUUUGAUGACAACAAGCAUGUUUUGGGUACCAUUGGGAUGUGCAUACUCGUAAUUCAGAUACUUGGUAUGGCUUUUUCUAUGACUCUCUUCCAGCAAAUACAUAGGACUGGUAAAAAGUAUGAUGCCUGAGAUUUGUUCAGGACAUUCACAUCUACAUAAUUUUGCCAUAAUGAAUAAAAUGUACCAAGAAAAACAAGUAUUAGCAUACGGACAUCAUCCCACCUUUUCUGCUUCACUAUUACAUGACUGGCAACAUAUGUCUUGACUUACGUUUCUGCAUUUUGCAUCUGCUAUUAAUUUGCCAAAGAAGAAGAGAUACAACGAGAGAGUCCAUUUCUUCAAAGUUCAGCUCUAACUCUCUUCUUGAACUUGAAAGAAAGAGCUUUGCUUACUAAUAUACUUAAGACUUGCAUCAAUAUGUGAGAGUUGAGACUUUUUUUGGAAAAUGUCUAUCUUAACUGAUGAUUACAAAGUGGACGAACUUAUUAAAGCCAUUGAAAACUGGAUUUGGAAGAGUAGUGGACUAACCAGUUUGCAUGGAUUCUACUACAACAUUUUAUACCUUUUAUUGAAUAUGUUUUCUUAUUGGAUUAGAUUACAAUUAGUGUUUUCAUUUGUAAGUUUUUACAUUUUGUGUUUUGUUUUACACAGAACUUCUCUCAAUCCAAAAAUACUGUGUGAUCUUUAAAGGAUGAAUUUUAACUAAAUGCUAACAUGAACUUUAUAGAAUAUGCAGAAAGGGGAGAACUAAUCUUGAUUUCAUAUGUUGCAGUCAUUCUGUACUAUGGCUAAUUGGUAUUGAGUUAUCCUGCUGAAUUAUUAGUUGAUAUAAAAAAACACUCAAUUUUCAUGGUAAUUUUGUUAUAUCUAUAAUUACUAUACUUGCUUCAGAAUAUACUAAAAGAUUUUAGUUCAUAAUCAGGAUUGGGGGUAUAGGUUUUAUCUGCAUUUUUAAAGCAACAAUUCAUAUGGAAUAUUUACUAUUAUAAUCCAAAUUUAUGAGAAAUCUGUUAUUUUCUAAAUGUAUUAUCAUUUAUUACUACCACAUGUGCUAAACAGGUGGGGAACUUUGCAUGUUACAAAAAAAGAAAAGAAAA